AUGAGGAAUUUUCUAAACUAUGAUUGGAACAAGGAAGAGGAAAAUAUCAACAUGAUGAAAAGCAAUACCAGCGAAGGUGGCAUCCUUCCCCCCCUUAGCUGCACAUCCUCUUCCUGUUCAAAUUCACAGGAGGAGGAUUCAAGUGACGAGGAUACACAAAAGAUAUGCUUCAACAUGGAUGAGCUCACUAGUAGAGGUGGCGAAAAAUAUCUGAGCCUACUAAGCGCAGCAGAUUUUAAAAUAAUAAAAGGGGAGAAGAGUGAUAGAAGUUGUUUUCAGUCCAUGGAAGAGAUAAAGAGCUACCCACUGGAGGAAGGAAUGGACGAAACAAAACCGACGUAUGCUGUGGACAGCAAGCAAGUGCGUCGUUUGUUGACCUUCGAGCAUGAUAGCUCUUUUUGUUUUAUUAAGUAUAAACCCUACCAUGAAUUCAACGAAGAGAAGAGAAUUAAAAUAAAAAAGUACAAGGAGAAGGAAAAGAAGAAACAAAAAAAAAAAAUAGACAUUCGGUUUAUGCCUUUGUAUAUUAGCAUCGUAGGGGGACUCGACGUAUUCUUAUUUAAGUAUUAUCAACACAUUUGCGACACGUAUGUGAACUCCUACUUCUACCUGAACACAUACUACUUUGAAAAAUAUGUUCGUACAAAAUACGGUGAGAAAAAACACUCGGAGCAGCACCUCAUCCAUGACCCCUUUUACUACCACUACUUGUUCUUCAACAAGUUCGGUUGCCACGACAGCGCGAGGGCCGUUCAGGGCGCGCGCGUGGGCCCCCACGCCUACGUGAAGUUUUUUAACCGCAGGGGGGGGAAAGAAGCUAACAUGGUAUCGAGUUGUGUUAUGGGCGCACAACACAUGGACGCGGCUCGCAUGCACUUGGCAGACAUUUCUCAUAUGCGCAUGAAGGAAGAGGUCGUCCCGGAAGACGUCGCCACGGAAGAGGUCGUCCCGGAAGACGUCGCCACGGAAGAGGUCGCCACGGAAGAGGUCGCCCCGGAAGAGCUGACCAGGGAAAAAGUACCCCAUGAGGUGGGGAACAAAAUUAGAAGUGUAGUAGACAAGCGAAGCAAACAAUCCUCCAACGAGGUUGUUAGAAAAACUUCCAAAGGAUCAUCAGAUGAGAAAAAAAAAAAAAAAAAAAAAAUCACAAAUGAACCACACAACUGUGAAAACGAUAUCACGGAGAAGAAGGAUCACCAAUGCAAACAAUUUGAGCAGAAUUUUUUUUAUGCGGAAAAUGAACUAAGCACAGAUGAGGGGGAGGAAGACAGAGUUCCGAAGGAGCCCAAGGAAAUUCACAUUUUUAAAAGGCACUUAUUCAUCCUGGAGUAUUUAAAAGGCUAUUUUAGUUUCUCCAUUUUCACACGAAUGGAAAAUAUGAUUAGCGACAUGUUUGAAAACUACUUGUUGAAUCUGCCCUACGUGAACAGGUACGUCUUGGCGAGCAGCGGCGGAGGCGGAGGCGCAGACGAAGGCGUAGCCGGAGACGGAAGCGUAGCCGACGUGGAGUACCAAGUGUUGCCUGCCAAGGGGGCGGUAAGGGGAGCCAACCACUUCACCUCCAGCCAGUGCUUCGCCCCGGACAACGCGAGCUACCACGCCCUCGUGAGGGAGUGCUUCCUGGGGGCCGGCGGCGUGCAGCUCUCCAUGACGGUGGUCAACGUGGAGUACUGGAAGUUCGAAGACAUGAAGGAGGAAGACCCCCUCAUGAAGAAACUAAUGCCAGACACUUUAUCUGCCUACUUUCACACCAUUAAUAAAAUAUACCAAAAAAAAAACACAGACAAACAGCUAGUCUUCCUUUUUAAUUUGUGUUCCCUCGAUUUGACCGUGGACGAUCAUUUAUUCACUUUGAGUUUAACAGAAGGGUUAGUGUACUUGUUCUUAAACACCCUUGAGAUGAGGACCAUGGAUCUGUAUAAGGAGAAUUUACAAUCGGAGCAAUUCGAUACAAGUAAGGGUAUGUAUAAUUUUGACUUUAUAUUCAUUUCUUCUACUUACAAGUCCAGGGAGAGUAAAACGAUACACAUUAUUGUUAACGAGCGCAUUGUGCUGUAUGAUUUUCAUUUGGUUAAAAAGUCGGAGGAGGUUUCCACUUGCAAGGGUAGGAAGAGUUCCCGGGUGGCUGCUCCACGAGGGGCAGUAACGACACUCCGUGAACGAGUACCCAGUAAGGAAGAAGCGAGAACGAAGGCGUCGUCACUGAUGGAAACCUAUCGUCUGCAAAGCGACGUCCAGCAAAUAGACGUCCGCCAAAGAGACUCCCACCAAAGAGACGCCCACCAAAGAGACGCCCACCAAAGAGACGCCCACCAAAGAGACGCCCACCAAAGAGACGCCCACCAAAGAGACGCCCACCAAGGAAGAGGAGAGUCCAUAACACAGACGGACGACAAGCAUUGUGUGAAUGAGUCAGCCGAGGGGGAUGCCUUGCUCGAGUUAGAACAAUCUCACAUUAAAAAGAGGACAAAUGGAACAGGAAGUGAGAGUAUCCUCCGCGCAGCACAAGCAGCAACCACCUUAUCACCCCCCAAGGGAGAUACUCAAAAAGAAGGUCAAAAUAAAAUAUGCGACAUGGUCGAUGUAAAGACAAAGCACAUGGAUGGCAACACACAUGCUGCUGACCUAAGGAGGGAUUUACAAAAUGCACAACUAGUGGAACCUGUGACCAGGAAAAAUAUUUCAACAGAGAACGUUUAUUAUAAUUUAAAUUUCCUCAAAGAGUACCAGGAAAAUGAAAUAAAAAAGUUUAGAAGCAAAAAAAUGUUGGAUGAUGUAGAUGUGAAACUUUUUUUUACAGAAGAGUAUUUAAUUAAAAAGACGAAUUUGCCAGAUCGGUUCGUGCGGGAGACAUUAAAAAAGCUAGCUCGGAGGAAACUUCUACAAAGAAACACAUUCAAAGUUAUGAAUAAGAGGAAUAACAAAACCACUCAAUUCAUUGUUUACACGACAUCGGAGUUGGAUGCUGUGGGGGACACGGAUGUGUGUGAGAGGAGAGUAAAAGAGGAGGAAGUAGAAUCGUGGGAAAAGGUGCCCGAGGGAGGCGUGGCAGGGGGAUGUAGUCCUCUCCUCCAGCUGCGUGACACGGGUGAGAUGCGCACAGCACAAGGGGAACAGCUGGAAAAUGACAAAGAGCCACAACCUCAAGUGCGCUUGCCUCGAAGACAAGGAGGAACAACGCGUCCUGCAGCAAGGCAACGGUCGGAACAGCUCACGAGACAGAGAUCGAGUCGGCAGCGAGCGAACACUCCUGACCCCACCCCGAAGACCGACAGGAGAAGGAAGCUUCCAAUUGCACCCAGCGACUUGUCCGCCCAGAACAGCGACGAGGGUAAGCUUCAAUUGGCGAAGAAGCAGAAGUGCGCCAGGGGCAAAAGCGCAAGGGGGGAGGCUGCCGCCCCUCAGGAAUCGCCCCAGCCACAAUCGGCGUCAUCACCACCAUCGGUGUCAUCACCACCAUCGGCGUUACCACCCACAUCGGCGUCGUCACCACCAUCAGCGCCCUUACCAACGCCAUCACCUCCCGUCGUGAAAAUAAAAACCGAAGGAGCCACCACAGCAUCGCGAGAGCCAGUCGCGGGGGAAGCGACCAGCAAUGGACAGAUUAAAAAAGAAAAAGACACUCGCCCAGUUAGCAGUAGUGUAGUGAAAUUAGAGACUAGUAGUAUGGCUUCAUGUAUGAACAAUGCAUUAGGCACCUGUGGCCCGAAUGAAGAGAUUGCGAAGAGGGAGAGUGCUGCUGCCUUCAUCGCGAACGAUACCUGCGCCGCAACCACCACCAGCAGCGGGGUGAAGAAGGAGAGCAGCAGAGGGGGCGGCUCCACGGUGCAGGGGCCAGGUGCCGAGUCUUCCACCGGUCGCCGUAGACGCGCUGGUGCGCGCAGUGGCAAUCGUGGCAGGACGUGCAAGGGAGGCCAGGAAAAGGCACCCGACAUGAAUCACCCCGAUGAUAAAAAAAAAAGAACGAGAGGAAAGCGAGGCAACAAAUAUGCAAAAGAAAAACGAGUAGCAAAUAACUUAGUGUCCUAUCUGAGUGAGAGCAAAGGCAGUAGCGAUGGAACAGUUAAGGACCAUUCAGGAGUCAAGCAGGGAGAGGCAACCAACCCAGCAGGCAGUAGCUUUAACUGUAGUAGUAGUAUGAACGAGCCGGUGGAUUUCUUCCUGGACGACGUGGUGACGGACAACGAUGAGGAAAAGGAAAUUAAAAAAAGGAAGACAUUUGACAACCUCAACUUGGAAGAGCCUUACGAAUUCUACCAAAACCAUAUAUUAAAAAUAACGACCGAUCGUAUGAACAAAAUGAAGGCAGAGCCCGGGAGGAACACUUCCACUCCUUUAUUUCUUAUUGUGAGUAGCUUGAAUAGAAUCCUAACGGAAAAAGGAAUGAGCAAUUUGUCUCAGCCCAGUGUGCUGGCAAUUUUAAAUAUGAUGAUGAAGAAAAACAAAGUGGUGCGGGUCGGCGGCAACUGGCAGCCAACUUAG